AAAUCCCUGGGCAGCACUGCUGGGACGGACAUCACUGUCAACAGUGUGAUCCUGCUUCCUAAAAACCCCGAGCACUUUGUGGUGUGCAACAGGUCCAACACCAUGGUCAUCAUGAACAUGCAGGGCCAGAUUGUGAGAAGCUUCAGCUCUCGUAAGAGAGAAGGUGGUGACUUUGUCUGCUGUGCUCUUUCCCCUCAUGGUGAGUGGAUCUACUGUGUGGGUGAGGACUUUGUGCUCUACUGUUUCAGCACAGUCACUGGCAAGCUGGAAAGAACUCUGACAGUUCACGAGAAGGAUGUGAUUGGUAUUGCCCAUCAUCCUCAUCAGAACCUGAUUGCUACCUACAGUGAAGACGGCCUCUUAAAGCUCUGGAAACCCUAA